GCAGGGUCACGUGCGCGUGCAGCUCAGCUGAUCGCUGCGGGCGCUAUAAAGAACCGGCUGGGAGCGGGCGCGGUACAGGCGCAGCUGGCCAUGGCCGCGGUGGAUCUCGCCAAGGUGGGAGCCGACACUCUGAAGGAUGCAGUGAGCGGGCAGGUGGUGGAGCUGCGGGCCUUGUGGCGGGACCAGCCAUGUGUGGUGCUCUUCCUGCGGCGGUUUGGCUGUCAGAUUUGCCGCUGGAUUGCCAAGGAGACCAGCAAACUGAAAGAUUUGCUGGACAGUCACAACGUCCGCCUGAUCGGAGUCGGGCCGGAGAGGGUAGGCCUGCAGGAGUUCAUCGAUGGGAACUACUUCAAAGGAGAACUCUAUCUUGAUGAGACUAAGCAGUGCUACAAUGACCUGGGUUUCAAAAGGUACAAUGCCUUGAGUAUAGUUCCUGCUGCUCUGGGGAAACCAGUUCGAGAAGUUGUCACGAAGGCAAAUGCGGACGGCAUCCAAGGGAACUUCUGCGGUGAUCUCCUGCAGAGUGGAGGAACAAUAAUAGUCAGUCAAGGUGGAGAGAAAUUGCUCCUGCACUUCAUACAGGAUUCACCUGGUGACUAUGUUCCCUUGGAAACCAUCAUCAAAACCCUUGGGAUCUCGGCAAGUGUUAAAGAGGGCGUGAAACCUCAGUGCGAUGAAGAGGCCUGUACCAGAUGAUGGAAAGGAGCAGGGAGCAAUUUCUUUGAGCAAGAAAGAAGCCAGUGCGGUGACCUUCUGUUCUACCACUUCAUAGCUGCUGUAAUCUCACCCCACUGUGUCUAUAUUCAUAAUUUUGUAUAAUGGCCAAAUCACUGAAGUGUGAGUAAAUGCCCUAAAGCAAAGUGCUGUCAGGCUGUCCUUGGAUGAGCAUAACAAAGCUUUCCUUGUUGCUGCUAUUGGUUAUAAUGUUGAGCUAGUUUGGUGGCUUUCCCAUUGGAUCAUUUUGAUCAGGUGACCAGUAGGUGUGAACAAGAGUAUCGUCUGAGGAUUGUAAGACAAGGAGAGCCUCUUGCUUCAUGGCCAGUGCUAAUAGUUUAUCAACUUCCCCUAUUAGCUUUCUUCCCUGGUUAGAAGUCCUUUCCACCCACGUUCUACUUGUCCUGCUCUGCAGAAACACUUCAUUAGCAAGUAGUGGUGGUGGCUGAACUUCACCCUUCUUAAAGGCAUUAAAACAGAAGAGCCUUACAGAUAACUGUGGGCAGAGUACCUGAACACACUUCUAAAGCUGUGCCAGUGUCAGCUUGGUCAGAGGGCAGCUUAACUUAGUGUCUUAGCUGAAGCAGACUGAAUACAUACCCUGGGGUGCAACAGCAGGUGGAGGUCAUGCUGCUGCAUGCACUCAGAACACGGCAUGCUCUUUCAUCUAAUAAAAGAGCUAAGACUAUGUGCUCUUUCUAUCUGAGGCUGUUGUCCAAAGAGACUCUUUACUCUAGCUUCAACCUAAGCUACAGUAAAAGUGGACUCAAGAUUUUUUUCCUUGGUGCAGAGAAAUAGAUUUUGUAGGCAACUAUUUAAGACACCACAUGCCAUUCAAAAGACUGAGGAAAGCCCAGCAGCCCUAUCUACCUUCCAUCUCCCUACCUAUCCCUCACAUUCUUCCUAAUGAUGAAACUUUAACACUAGCCCUAAAUAAUCCUUAUGUCCUAGGAAAACUCCUGGAUAAUGAGCCUCUAUAGUCAUCAAAUCCAGGCUCCAAGGAGCAAAGAAUACCAGAUCACAGAGAAAGCACUGAUGCCUUCCUUCUCCUAAAGCCAGCAUGCGUUAGCUGAUGAGCUUGGACCAAGGUCAGCUAUUGGGUCAGCUAGGUGCAUUUAAAGAGCCAUAUUCUAACUGCAGACACACCCAAGAGUAGGCAUCUCAUGCUGAUGAUGGAGUUUAACCUUCAACUGUCAUUUUCUGUUGUGUGAACUAAUUGCAAUAGGUUUCCUGGUCUGGAAAAGGUGAGUAAGUGAAGAUGGACAAUAAACAUGACAAAGUGACUAUUAUUCUAUCUGCAACCAUACACAAAUGAUUUAAUAUGCUGAUUUGUCAGAGUACUUAACACUCCUUUUUAAUUAGUCACUUAAUUAAAAACAGUGUAGAAAUAGGAAACACUCAAAGACCAACUUGACUAUUGUACACACUAAUGAUGCACAUUUAAAUAUGAUGUAGGUUAAUUUCCUGUGAUCCCAGCAAAACACAUACAGCAUCUCACCUGUCAAAACUUGAGGGUGAUACUUUAUUUCUACUCUGACUUCUGCCAAGAGAAGGUCCCUAGCCCGAAGAGGUCACAAUGUCUGAACUACGACCAAUUGCUAAAUCUUGUCUAGUCAUAGAUUCCAAAGGCCAGAAGGGACUGUUGUAAUCUCGUAGUCUUGACUUCCUCGAUAACACAAGCCAUGGGCUUUCCCCAAAUAAUUCCUAGAGUAGAUCUUUAGAAACAUUCACUCUUGUCACAAUAUGAAUAUCUUAAAUCUUACAUUGCAUCAUCUAUGCAAUUCUGGUUAAUUUAUGAGCAGAGCAGAAAAGCGCUCAGGCCUCUACCACCUUCAAAGCAAGGUUUUAAAGAAGCAGUGAAGUGGUUCUUGUUAUUUUUUUAAAAAUAAAGUGAAUGAAAAUA